AUGGCACUUGUGGGCUACGAGAGCAGCGACGAGGAAGAAGAGAUCGCGCAGCAGCCAGAUUCAAAGCCACUGAAACAAACUCAAGAUACUACUAUAAGCCCGGAUCAAAAGCAAGACGUCCCAGCGGAAUCUAGUGCAGCCUCGCAGAAGCAAGAUGAGCAACCAGCAGCUAUCAUCGGGCCGCAGAUAGGCCCAGCAGCAGCAGCCGGCCCCAGCUUUCCUCCGCUGGAAGAAGCGCCACUAGAAGACGACGAGGACAGCGGGCCAGGCCUACCCCCAGGAUCGCCGUACACAGCAACACGCGCGCUCAUGCGGGACCUCACGCUGCCCACGGUCCCGAACACGGAUAUCCCGCCGUCGCCCCCGGGCUCACCGCCUCCCGGCACCAGCGCCAAGUUCGAGCGGUUUCUCGAGCUCAAGCGGCAGGGCGUGCACUUCAACUCGCGGGUGGCCCAGAACCCGUCCCUGCGCAACCCGGCGCUGACCGACAAGCUGCUGUCGUUCGUCGACCUCGGCGCCCCGGCGGACCAGUACUGCACCACCUUGCCCACCGACCUCUGGGAUCCGGCUGCCUUCCCGCGGUGGGCGUACCGCGAACAGCUUAAGCAGAGCCAGGCCGAGGUCGAGAAGGCGAGGGCUAGGGCUAAAGGCGCGCCUGUGGAUUUCGUAGCUGCUGGGGAGACGCAGGGUGCUGCUCAGCAGGGUGGCACGCAAGGAGGUGCAGGUAAAGCGAGCACGGGGAAGCGGAAGACAAGGUUUGACGCAUAG